AUGACACCAAAGAAGGAAAAGAAAAAAAACUCCUCCACCCCGGCAAAGGGGAAGGGUGCUGCAGACGCCACUCCGGGAAAGGAGAAGGUUACUGCAAACACUACUCCGGUAAAGGAGAAGGUUACUGCAAACACUACUCCGGUAAAGGAGAAGGUUACUGCAAACACUACUCCGGCAAAGGAGAAGGUUACUACAAACACCACUCCGGCAAAGGAGAAAGUUACUGCAAACGCCACUCCAGCGAAGGAGAAAGUUACUUCAAACGCCACUUCAACCAAUUCCCCAGGCUCAUCUCGUGGUCAAACGUCCACCUGGAGGGAGCCUGAAAGCGCUAAGCCCUGGUCUUGCUGUAAAUGUCGUACAUUCAACAAGACCUCGUGGGGCCUGAUUGAGUACCAGUUCUGCAAAGAGUGCGGUAAGGCAAGAUGCGAAGGGUGUUAUACUUCCUGGCUCUGUUUCCCGUGUGGGGCUCUGAAUAGUCUUAGUGAAUGCCGGUUUGUGAAUGAUGGAAAGUGCGUCAAUUGCGGCCAUCCUGGUUGUGAGCAGGGGUGCCGGUGUAACCAGCCUGGUAGGGGGCUUUAACUGAGAAUUUUUGGAUAUCCAUUUCGAUGCCGGUGGGUGGAAUAACAGACAUCUCUUCGGAGCUCAAGCAGCUGUGUUGUCGGAAUGGGUCGUGGAGAGUGUGUAG